CUCACUAUAACUAGUGGCACAGAUGAGGGCUGAGACACACACAGAGCCUUGCUGUGAGAGAGCCUGAUAGAGAGAGGAGGUGAAAGAGAAAGGGAGAGAGAACACUGGUGAGAGAGAGAGACUGAUAGAGAGAGCAGGUGAAAGAGAAAGGGAGAGAGAGCACUGGUGAGAGAUCAGAGCACGGGGAGCAGAUCACCCAGAGGCAGGUUCUUCUUCAGGCAGAGCCUCCACCACCGGCCCCAGAAAAAUGCCUCCCAACUUCGCUGGCACCUGGAAAAUGAAGAGCAGUGAGCAUUUCGAUGAACUUCUCAAAGCCCUCGGCGUGAACGCCAUGCUGAGGAAGGUGGCGGGGGCGGCAGCCUCCAAGCCUCACGUGGAGAUCCGCCAGGACGGGGAGCAGUUCUACAUAAAGACCUCCACCACCGUGCGCACCACAGAGAUCAACUUCCACGUGGGCCAGGAGUUUGACGAGGAGACGGUGGACGGGAGGAAGUGCAGGAGCCUGCCCACGUGGGAGACAGAGAACAAGAUAUACUGUAAGCAGACACUACUGGACGGCGACGGCCCCAAGACCUACUGGACAAGAGAGCUGAGGGGCGACGAGCUAAUCCUGACCUUUGGGGCGGACGACGUUGUGUGCACAAGGAUCUACAUGCGGGAAUGAAGGCUUUUCGCUGAGGACCAGGAUCAGAAGAUAGACGUCCUCACUCCUGAAGUCCCCCCCUCCCCCGCCGUACACAAAGCCGAUAUGCAUCUUAAGUGCAGUGUGCCUCCGGCUGCACGCAGCAUCCACACAUUUCUCAGUGCUGAUCGUUACGGUUCUGCAAUAACUGUGAUUCUGUAGCACCCCUCCAUCCGCCCCCCCCCUCUCCUAUUCCCUUUUUAUUUGUAUGUUAGAUGUGCGUGUCAGUAUUGCAAACUAAACUCAGAAAUUAAAUGGUACAAAAGCA